AUGGCCGGCGUCCUCAAUCUCAGCCCGGCGGCCAAAAAAACAAAAACGGCCAACGCCGUGACCUUGCCGGAUCUCCUCAAAACAAUCCACCAUUUCUGUCGGGGAACAACAAACCUUUUUGUCAUCCCCCUCGAUCGAAGAUCGACAGUCGCCCUUAUACCUCCUCGUUCUCGUCGCGGCCUCCUCUUUUUCACUGUCGUCGGCAUCGCUGCCUCGAUUUCUGACCGAACUAACAAUGUGACGAGGUUUGUUGGAUCUGAUUUUGCCAUGGUGUGUGAAGAAAGAGAAGACGAUUGCGGUGACGCGGCGGCAGAGCAUCGGAAAAAUUUAACUGUCGUGUGUCUGAAAGGUCCUCCGGCUGGUGUCGCCGGAGGAGACGACCUUCUCAACUUUGGUCAGCCAUUUGCGGCACAUGAUGGUGACACCUAA